AUCCACUCUAUGUAUUCAUCCAUCCAUCUGUCUGUCUGUGCCUUCAUUUUCCCUUCUUUCUCCUCUUGGUGCAAGAUUCAACGAGGUCAUUCCCGUACAACCUCGCUCUUCCCAAUCCUCUACGACCUUCUACUACCUUUCCUUAUUCUAUUCUAUUCUCUAAUACCAUACUAAAUCAUAACUAGCCCUCUCCACUUGAACCUUUUAACCACAUUGACAACCAUAGUCUUUUUCUAAAUCUUAAAGAGAGACCACUCCGAUUUUACGGCCUCGGAACUUAUUGCUCGAGAGAUCCACCUACAUAGAGCCAUGUGACGGAGCUGCAUGAGAAGUCGGGUCAUUGUCAAGUUGGACUUUCGAUCGUCUGGCUGGGUGCAGAGCUCGAGUGCAGUUGUCUCUACUCGACAACAGCUACACGACAUAUCUUAACCAUAGUCGAAACAACAUUGAAAUAUCUCCUAUACCCAGUCGUAUCCAUAUCGACAUCGACAUCUAUAACCCUUUAUUCUACUUAAUUUUAACAACCCCGAAACCUGGUCAAUAUGCCAGCUCUAUCACUUCCUGAUUCCGGCCUCCUAUUGGAGAGCUCGGCCACCUUGAACGAUUCCCUCCCAUCACAAGCCUUUGGCGUCACCAUAAGCGACAGUGUUAUUGAAGAUAUGAUAAGAUGUGUCACGGAAGGGCAGGAGAUCGAAUUGACGCUGGGAAGCAAUCCAUGCUUCCUCGUCGGCUCGAAAGAACACAAGGUCAAGGCAACUCCAAAGUCAUAUGAUUAUGACUUGUAUCUUACCAAACCUGAAUCCAAAAACAAAGCGCAACACUUGCCACACCCGACAAUGAGUAUCUUUGAUAAAGUACCUACAAGUGUCCUGGUAGCGAGGGCCGCCAACACCCCAGCCAGGCAAGUAACCAAGAGCAAGACGAAACCGCUCCCGGGUGGAAAAUCUGCUAUGGCGAGUGUCAUGUCAAGCUCUACUAGAUCACUGCCGACUAGCCCCGCACUCAACGGAGUGUCUUCCCCGAAUCCUGCCUUUUCCGCCUCUCAGCAACUACUGGAAAAGAAUAAGAGCCAACGAAUAAUUCUGGUUCAUGAGCUAGCGUCAAGAGAUCAGCCAUACGAUCACUUAAUGGAUGUUUGGAAGGGCUCCGAGUCAGACCUGAAGCCAACUGUCGAGAAGGUUGCAAAUUUCGAUGCGUUGAACAAGAAAUGGAGUCUCAAGAAGAUGUAUUGGAAGGAGCUUGAUGUCUGGAACUACGACUACCGUAACUACGAUGAUCGGCAGGCAGCUAUCGACAACGCCAUCCGUCAAUACGACAAGCAACGAAUCCCAACAUCCGCGUCCGAAUGGGAAAAGCUACUCCCUCCUACCGAACGUGGCAAGGGAAUUAUCCUCAGUAAGCUCCAAGCGACCCUUGCCAAAGGAAACAUUACCCCGAUCCCUCGAGUCUCGGCACAAAAGGCCGACGAUGAUAAUAAGAGUGAUAUGGAUUCUUCAAAGGCAAAGGGUGAGGCGAUGGCUCGAUCCAAUUCCCAGCCGACGGGUAACAAAACAAAGAAGAUCAGCGAGCGCGAAGCGCAGACGAAGCGGCUAUUCUCGAGCAAUCCCAAAAAGCCUGCUCCUAAGAAGCCUGCCCCCAAAGCUAAGGCGAUCGUGGAAGAGAAAAAUAGAAAGUUUCUUUCGGAGGAGAAGGUCAUCGAUUCAGAGAGCAGUGGGGAUGAGAGGCCACUAUCAAGUACUAGCUCUGGUGCGCCGAAGCCAAAACCGUCUCAGAAGCCAGUCGAGAAACCCGUCGAGAGAGUAGUUGAGAGGCCAGUCGAGAAACCAGCCGAAAAGGCGGCUGAAAAACCAGCAGAGAAGCGUAUCACAAAGCCGGCCGAGAAGGUGGUAGAAAAGCCCAAGGAGAAAGCUGGUCCAGCGCCGAAGGCGAAACCUGUGAUCCGAGCACCCCGACCCCCGGCCAAGCCUUCAAGCUCAGCCCCACAGAAGCGGACCCGUGAAGAUGAUGACAGUAGUUCAAGCUCCGGAGCACCGCUUAGCAAGAGGAUCAAGCCGAAGGAACUUCCUAGGCCGAUGCCAGCCUCUACCCAGCUGAAGCAUCGCCCUUCGGAUGCAAGCCAAAGCUCGCGAAAUACUGGAGCAGGAACCAUGUCUUCCAAUUUCUCGGCAAAGAGCAAGAACACUUCCCCGGCCAAGUCUUCUCCACUUGCCUCUUCUCCGCCUACCAACGCUUCAGACUUUGAGGAUCAGAAGCCCGUCCAGCGUCCAGCCAAGCCCCAAGCUCGCAAUGGGGAGCGAUAUACCCACAAUAUGACGAACGGUGGGUCGUCAGGGGUCAAUCAGAAUAAGAAACGGAGGGAUCGGGAUCUCGACCAGUAUUCUUCACAGCAAUCCACGCCGAACAAGAAGCAGCGCGUGUCGAAGGAUCUUAUUGUAAAAGCUAGGAUAUUUACGAAGUAUUACGAACGAUACGAGGCGCUGCACAACGAAAUCUCAGAACUGGACGAGCCACCAGAGGAUAAACUGGCGGACCUGCUGGAUAUGCGCGAGCGGUUGUCCGUCAUGAAGAACGAGAUCACACAGGCUGUGGCCACGAAUUAAGAAGACAUAUAUAUAUAAUGCUCCGGGGGGAAGAGGUGGCUGACCAGCUGGAAAUGGAACUUUAAAAAAUAACAGGCUGGGAUUUUGUUCAGCGAGGAGUUCAACGGAGGUUAGGAUAGAUGGGGGGCAUGUCUUUCUCGAAGUGGCCACCCUAUAUCUACUACGAUCAUAGGAAGCGUUUAUAAUGGCACGGUGGUUCUGCAUUUUGCUUUCAUCAUCGCUGGAGAUGCAGACGCAUCUGGGGGGAGGGCUAUUGGUGGUUUUUUUUUUCUCCUUUUCUUUUUUCUUUAACAAACAGGAUCUGGCAUUGAUAGUCACAGGAACAGCAUGGACACACAUGGUACCGGCAUCUCGGAUAACUAGCAUUUGGAACAACAAAAAAGGCAUGGUCAUAUUUUUUUGGCUGGCAACUUGGAACGUUUUGAAGUUGAGCAUAGGAGUUUACGGCAAACCCCCCACCACCCUCUUCUUCCCCCGAUACGACAAACGAUUUUUAUAAGCAAACGUCAAUGUGUGUAUGCAUGGGGGAGAACAACGCAUAUUAUUUAUUAUUUAUUAUACUUGAUACCUCCCUAUAGUAGACGGCAAAUGCCGACGUAGAAUAUCGAAUGGAAGAAAUCUUAUCUAACACUUUU